AUGAAAAAGGUUCAGAAGGCGGUCGGGUUCAAAACGCCUUCGGGGCCUAUGCGCUUCACCGACGAGGACAAGAUGGAGGCGCACGGACCACCAUUUCCCAAGAAGUCUGCCGAGGCGACGCUGGCACGGCUGCGCAAAUUGCCCGGCAACAAGCUGUGCGGCACGUGCCGCACGCCCUCGACGAACCGCGGCGGUUUCGCCGACGUCGUGUUGACGUAUCGCAUUUUUGUUUGCCGAGACUGCCGGGAGUCGCACGGUGUCGCGGGGCACGAGGUCAGGACCGCCGAGCGACUUGCCAAACUGGACGUCCGGGCCAGCCUGACGCCGUACGAGGUGGAGGCGCUAGCGCGGGGCGGCAACGAGGUCAACGUCGCCACCACCUUUGCGUUGCUACCCGCCACGUCGUUCGAGUGGCCGACCAAAAGGACUGCGUCGUCGGAGCGCGACCAGUUUGUCCGGGCAGCCUAUGGGGAGAAGAAAUGGGCCUCUCGCGAGGACACGCCGGAGGAAGCGCCGCCGGAGCCGGCGCCCGCGCCCGCGCCUACACCGGCCGCUCGGUACGACUCGCGCGGGGCAGCCAUGCGCCUCCCCGGUGCCCCCGGGUACGUGCCGCCGCCUCCGGCGGCGGCGUCGGCGGCGCCCGCCGUCGCUGUCGCCGCCACUGUCAGCCUGCUUGAUGCUGCGGGGGCUCCGGAAUCACCUCCUCCUCCCUCAGCCGAGUCCGAGCUGGUCGACCUGUUCGCCGCGCCCGCCGGGCCAGCCGCCGCGUCGGUUGCUGGCAGCGAGAUGUCCGCCGCCGAUUCCUUUGGAGCUGUGGGCAGUGCUGGCGCGAUCGACUCGCCCUGGGUGCCGUCCGACGCGGAGCUCUCCUCGCCAUUCGCAGCGGGUUUGCCGAUGCCGGAGGCGGAGGCGGAGGCGGCACACCUGGGCUUCCGCAACCUCGCCUUGACCUCGGACGGCGGUGACUCCGGCGCGGGCAUGAAUGCGGAGCCCACUUACGCCUCCGCCCCGAUAGCGGCAAUGACGUUUGCUGACGCGCUCCUCCAGAGCGCAAUGAAUGGGACGGUGGCCGCGCCCGCCAAUGCGCCCGCCGCAGCAGUCGACUCUGACGCGGCGCCUCCGCCGCCCGCCGCCAUGGGCACGGGGAGCGGCCUCGGCAUAGGCUGGAGCGCCCCGCGCCCUCUCGUGUCGCCGCCGAAGCCGUUGGCGUCGCCAUUCUACCCGCAAAACGCCGGCCGCCCGUCCAUGCCAGUGCCGCAAGCCGGCAUCGCUGGGGUAGGAGGGUUCGCGGUGAGCGGAGGGGGCGUGCCGCCUCGCUACGUGCGCGGUAUCGACAACAACACCGCGGCCGACCCAGCUUUGCUGCAGCCUCAACGCAUGGCGACUAAAGGCGACAUCAUGUCUAUGUACGCGCAGAGCGCUCCGCCGCCAGCCCCAGCCCACGCGCUGCUCGGCGUGAUACCGGCGGCCUCGUGCGGGAUGCGGGUCGGGCCAAGCGGUCCCGCAUGCGCCGCUCCUUGGACCGCGAUGGCAGGCGGCGGCGGCGGCGCUGGAGGUGGCAGCGGUGGCGACGCGCCCGCUCUGCCCCUCCUCCUGCCAACGAAGGCGCCGAGCAAGGCGGACAUCAUGGCAAAAUUUGGGUAGAGGCUUUGCGCCGCGCAUGAGGCUUUGCACCACGUGACCUACCGAGUUGAGACGCGUUGGAUAUGGUACCGUGGGAAUUCGGCGGGCGGCGUGGCCGCGCUCGCCGCCUUUUCCACUGAUCUCCCCGAACUGAGGCGCGAGAUGAUUUCUAAUCCCGGAGAUGGUCUACCUGUGUUAGUGCCAGUGCGCGCCAGUCCCGUGCCUAGUGUCGUGCGAGGGAGUUUUUUGUUGUAAAAUUCUAAUCCCGGAC